AUGGCAGGUCCAGAAGCUGAUGCCCAGUUCCAUUUCACUGGUAUCAAAAAAUAUUUCAACUCUUACACUCUCACAGGGAGGAUGAAUUGUGUGCUGGCCACAUACGGAAGUAUUGCUUUGAUAGUCUUAUACUUCAAGUUAAGGUCUAAAAAAACCCCAGCUGUGAAAGCAACAUAA